AUGGAAAUCUCUGAAAAGAUCGUGAAGUUCAAAAUCCCUAUCUUAUUCCUAGCCGCCUUCUCUCUGAUCAUCUUCUCCGUCGUCUAUGUCGCCCCCAAAUUUCUCGACAUCCUCAAGUAUUUCUGGCCUCUUCUGCUCUCCACCGCUCUCUUCCUGGCCACCGUCGCCGCUUUCAGCCGGAUUACGCCGCCCGUUCCCGAGGAAUCCGGCGAAGGAAUCCUGGAUUACGUGGCUGGCCAGCACGAGCAUGAAGACCUGCUUCCCCCUGUGCUCCGUGCAGAGAGUGUCGAAGAAGAGGAAGAGGGAAACAAGGAGUGA